AUGAUGACCGCUACUUUGAACGGGACGUUGAACUCGGCCCCUGACACACCCUCCCCCGUCUACCCCGAUCGCCUGAUUCGGCCGCUUCCCAAGCGGACCCUUCGUUCUCGACUUUCCACCGAUGCCGCCGAUACGAUUCAUUAUCCUCCGACCCCACCGGCAUCCCAGAUAUUCUACGGCUUGGGAGACACGGACGAGGUGGUCACACACUCCAAAGCUUACGCCCGGCAGACCAUCGAGACAGACCACGACGAACUAACCCCCGAGGCUGACUGCCACCACAACUUUGACACUGCGGUUGAGUUAGAGAGCGGAGACGAGGAUGGUCCCGUUGUAGUACGCCGGAGCACCGCGUUUCGAGGUUCAUUGUCACCGGCUUCGAGCCCACACCCACAAGGGUUCUCCGGUAAAGAAGGAAGUCAAAAAUCAUCGGCUGGCCCAGACGGGUAUGAUGCUUUUGAGAACACAAACAACAAGAAGAAACGAAAAAUUCCUACCCCGGGCAACAUGAGUAGUCACCAUUCAGCCUUAUCCCCGGAAUUCGCCAGCAUGGGUCUGGCGAAUCCGAAUUCGUCACCCACUGCGGUGAAUGAUGGAACAUCGACGGGUGCGUAUUAUGGAAGUGGGAACCCUGCGUCGCCGUUGGGAAGUGGAAUAUCUGGUUCUGGUCGAGGUCGGUUAGGCCGCAGUACAGCUCGCGGAAACACCAGUCGAAACCCGUUGUCUGCAAAUGCUCAGAACGCAUGGAUGAACACGCGGACACCAAGUCGGCGGGAUGGAUUGAUGUCAUCCCCGGGACCUUCUGGUGAUCCUUCUGAUCAAGGCAUCAUCUCCACGGCCAUUGCAAAUGCCGCUACCCUUUCGUCUCGUCGUGGCUCUAGUAAUGUGAGUCUGCUAGACCAAGAGAAUACCACCCCGACGAAGACACAGUUCACCUUCACCUGUGAGUCGGAUUCUGCGAAAGGAAUGGCUAUGCAGAUGCAUUCAUAUUCGGGGCCGCAUCACUCUCCAACAUCCCCUCUUGCUCCUACCACUCAGAAUCCUCGAGGCUUUUCCACGCAAGGAACGCAAACAAGUCCGAAUGUGGCUUCCCCGAUGAGCCAACAGGUUCCAAUGGGGACACAGCCACAGCCUUCUCAAGUGGGUGAACAGGGCUCCGUGGGGCGCAAGAAAAAGCGCUCCCCAGGCAGCAUCUAUGCUCUGGCCGCGCGCCAGCGCAAAAUUCAACAACAGUAUACCAAUAUCCACCAUCCUCCAAGCCUGGAAGACAUUUGGAUCUGCGAAUUCUGUGAAUAUGAAAGCAUUUUUGGGCAUCCGCCCGAGGCGCUGAUUCGGCAGUAUGAGAUCAAGGACCGCAAAGAGCGGAAGCGGCUCGCGGAGAAGAAACGGCUUCUAGAAAAGGCGAAAAUGAAGGGCCGGAAAACAAAGAAGGCGCCUAAAAACUCCUCCAAAAACGCCUCGUCGCAGCAGGCUUAUCACCAGGGCUAUGACCGCGCCUCGGUGGACCACUCCUCAGCCACAGGCUCUGGCCACGCGGAGGAUGAUUACCUUGGUCAUGAGUAUGAUGAAGAGCCUGAGCCCAUCCCGGCUCCGGAUCCUGCAUCUUCCACAGACCUUAAACCCCCGCUCCUACCGGGGGGCAACCAUCCCAAGCUCGCCGCCACGAUGGGGAAUCCCCUUGGGUCUAGUGACACCGGGACGAGUCGACCGGCCUGA